GUGAGGCGGCACGCUGCGCGGCCCGGAAGCCGCGUCGCUGUGGGCCCUGCUCCGCGAGUCGCCCGCGGCAGGAGCGCACGGCCCGCCCUCAGGGCGGCGGCGGCGGUGCGAUGUUGGCGACGGGGACGGAGAGUCUGCUCCGCCAGGCCAGGGAGGUCGGGGCCGAGGAGCUAGGCAGGUUCUGUGCCCGCGUCAGCGCACUGCUGCAGGCGGAGGACUGGGGCCCCGACACCCUGGACGCCCUGCGGAGGCUCUUCCUCAUCGUGGCGGCCACCAAGUAUAGCAGGAGGCUGGAGCCUGCGUGUGUGGCGCUGCUGCAGACCGCCCUCUGCUCGCCCCGCUGCCCCGAGCGGCUCCAGCUGCUGUGUGCCGCUGUGCUGAGAGAGAUGGCGCCCUCCGACAGCCUGAGCCUGUCCUGCGACCACGCGCAGAGCUCGCGGCAGCUGGGCCUGGUGGCCUCCGUGCUCUUGGCCCAGGGCGACCCACAGCAGGUCAGGACCAUGGGCCAGCGUGUCAUCAAGGUCUUGGAGAGUCGGCAGCCUGAGGGGCCCAGCCUGACGCACCUCCUCCCGGUCGUGUCCAAGGUGGCCAGCCUGGCCCCGGAUGCCCUUCCUGGAGAGCAGACCAAGGCGCUCAGCAAGCGGCUGGGGGACUGGCUCCGCUAUGCCAGUGUCCAGCAAGGGGCGGCCCACGCCUCCGGGGGCUUCUUCUCCGCACCCAGAGCCCGGCAGCCGGGCCCUGUCACCGAGGUGGACGGGACUGUGGCCACGGACUUCUUCACAGUGCUGUCCACGGGCCAGCGCUUCACGGAGGACCAGCGGCUGAACGUGCAGGCCUUCUCCAUGCUGCGGGGCUGGCUGCUGCAGGGCGGCCCCGCACACCCCAGCGCCACGGAUGCAGAUGACAGGUCGGAGCUGGAGGGCUCUACCGUGUCCGUGCUCUCGGCCGCCUCCACUGCCAGCCACCUGCUGCCGCCCGCUGAGUGGCUGCGGGAGAAGGCCCUGGAGUACUGCCAGCGCCUCCUGGAGCAGAGCGGCCGGCGAGCCCUGAGGAAGGCCGACUCGGACCUGCAGAAGGCAUGCCUGGUGGAGGCCGUGCUGGUGCUGGACGUGCUCUGCCGGCAGGACCCCGCCUUCCUGUACCGCGUCCUCCCGUGCCUGCGGGCCCUGCGGACCCGGCUCUGCGGGGACCCGGCCUGCGCCCGCGCGCUGCUGCCCGUCGCCCGGUUCUUCCUGCGGCACGGGGAGGCCGCCGCAGUGGACGCCGAUGCUGUCUACCAGCACCUCUUCACCAGGAUCCCGUCGGAACACUUCCACAGCCCGAUGCUGGCCUUCGAGUUCGUCCAGUUCUGCAGGGACCCCCUUCUGCUGCUCGGCAGCAACCUGGACCUUCUCAAGACCAGCUUCCCCAACCUCUUCAAGUUUCAGGCCUGGAGCAGUCCAGCCCUCACGUCCGAGUUUGUGGCGCUCCUGCCGGCGCUGGUCGACGCAGAGACGGCCGUGGAGAUGCUCCACCUGCUGCUGGACCUGCCGAGCCUGACCGCAGCCUUGGACCUGCAGCUCCGGUCGUCGCAGGCUGCAUCUGAGAGGCCGCUCUGGGACAUCUCUGUGAGAGCCCCCGGCUGCCUGGAGGCCUUGCGGGACCCCCAGGCUCAGGGCCUCUUCCAGCACCUGCUGCGCGCCAAGGCCAGCGGGACCACAGAAAGGUUGACGCCGCUCCACCAGCUGCUGCAGCCCCUGGCCAGCUGCGCGCGGGUAGUCCAGUGUGCGCAGGCCGUGCCCACCCUACUCCGAGCAUUCUUCGCGGCAGUGACGCAGUUCGCCGACGGGGCCCUGGCCAGCCGGCUGGCGCUGCUGCUCCUGGAGAGAAGUGAUGCGCUUUUCCAGGUUGAGGGGUAUGAAGCCGACGUGCACAGGGUGCUGAGCUCCCAGUUCCCGGCCCUGUGCAAGCUGCACCCCCCGCUGGUGGUCGAGCAGGCCAAAGAGCUGCUGGAGUUCGUGGGCAGCCUGGGGGGGCCCUCUGGCACCGGGUACAUGCUCACGUCUGUGGUGUGGGCCAUCGGCGAGUACCUCUCAGUGUCCUGGGACCGGCGCUGCACCGCAGAGCAGAUCAGCAGGUUCUUCGAAGCUCUGGAGGCCCUGCUCUUCGAGGUCACUCAGGCUCGGCCCUCCACUGCCCUUCCCAAGUGUCCUCCACAGGUCAUCACUGUGCUGAUGACCACGCUGACCAAGUUGGCCUCCCGGAGCCAAGACCUGAUCCCCAGGGUCUCUCUGCUCCUGUCCAAGAUGAGGACCCUGGCCCAGAGCCCAGCCGCAGGCCCCGUGCACAGUGAAGACGACCUGGGAGCUGUCCGCACACGGGCCACCGAGCUGCUAAACCUGCUCAAGAUGCCCAGCGUGGCCCAGUUCGUGCUCACGCCCAGCGUGGAGGUGUCCCAGCCCCGCUAUCACCGCGACUCCAACACAGCCCUGCCCCUGGCCCUGGACAUGGUCAGCCGGCUGCUGGAGCGGGAGGCAAGCCUCCUGCCAGGGUGAGGGGACGGGGGCCCAGUGGGCGCCAGGCUGCAGAGCCUGCUGUUCCGUCCCUGCCAUGGCCUCAGGGGUCGGAGAGGCUUGGGGAGGAGGUCACCAUCUCAGCCUCGGUCUCUGCCUCCUCUGGUGGGGACAGCAGAGUCUCGGCUUUGGCCCCUCUUGGGACUAGGUGAAGGCUGAUCUGUGUCCUGCUGUUAUUUGGGGGCAAGAGGAGAUAAAACAAAAAUAAACCUCCUUCACAAAACA